ACGUGAUUUCCGUUGGGGUAAAAAAAACAAAACACGGGCUAGCAAAAGGGCUGUAAUGAAACUGAACAGAAAAGCCCAACUACCGCCUAAAUUAACAUGUUUAGCACACAAAUGAGUCGGUGAAUCAUCAACAACAACACGGGGAACUAAUGUUUGCUAGUCAACCAGACUUUUUUACACCAUGAAUUUAAGAGGACUCUUUCAGGACUUCAAUCCCAGUAAGUUCCUGAUCUACUCGUGUCUGCUGCUGUUCUCCGUGCUGCUCUCCCUGAGGCUGGAUGGAGUCAUCCAGUGGAGCUACUGGGCCGUGUUCACCCCCAUCUGGCUGUGGAAGCUGCUGGUCAUCAUCGGGGCCUCUGUGGGCACCGGGGUCUGGGCACACAACCCCCAGUACAGGGCUGAAGGGGAGACAUGUGUGGAGUUCAAAGCCAUGCUGAUCGCGGUGGGUCUGCACGUCCUGCUGCUGAUGUUCGAGGUGUUGGUGUGCGACCGCGUGGCCAGAGGAGACUACUUCUGGCUCCUCGUCUUCAUGCCGCUCUUCUUCGUUUCGCCCGUCUCCGUGGCAGCCUGCGUUUGGGGCUUCAGACACGACCGCUCCCUCGAGGUGGGGGCUGCAUUUCAAGAUUCAAGGAUUCAAGGCUUU